AGCCUGCUUCAUGUGCGUAAGCAGACAAGCAUCACAACAACACAUCACACAGCGAGCGCAUCCCAGACUGUGCUAGAGACUGACAUACUCUCCUCACAAACAGUACACUACACUACACAAGAUUCACACAGGCAAGAUGGCAGAAGGUGCAGCGGACUUGGCUGAGCUGGCAAAAUCCUUCAAGAAGUUUGCAGUCCAUGGAGAUACCAAGGCCAGCGGUCAGGAGAUGACCGGGAAGAACUUCGUCAAGCUGUGCAAGGACUGCCGGGUCAUCGACGGAAAAAACAUCACCAGCACCGACGUGGACAUUGUCUUCACCAAAGUCAAGUCCAAGUCAGCCAGAGUGGUGAACUUUGAGCAGUUCAAGCAGGCUCUGAAGGAGCUCGCUCCCAAGAGAUUCAAAGGGAAGGGCGAGGAAGAGGCACUGCAGGAGACCUACCGUCUGAUAGCGGGCAAGGAGCCAGCUAACAUCGGGGUGACCAAAACAGCAAAGGCAGGCGCAGUGGACAGACUGACCGACACGGCCAAGUUCACCGGCGCGCACAAGGAACGCUUCGAUGAAACGGGGAAGGGGCGUGGCCGGGCGGGGCGGGAGGAACUCCCGGACACCAGCGGGUACGUGGGGGCGUAUAAGGGAGCAGGGACCUACGAGGAGAAAGUGAAGGAGAGCCAGUGAGAGAGACACCGCCCCCUGCUGUCAGCUUCCGCAACUGCAGCUUUAGAAAACACCAAAAUAUUUGACGGCAUGCAACAUUAGUGUUUAUUUAUUUUUUUAUUACUUAGUUAAAAUGCAUUUGUUCCAAUGAUUGGAAAAAAAUUGUGGAGGUUAUUUUUUAUUUAUUUUUUUGCACAGCACCGUGAUUUCGUUUGUGACUUCGGACGUGCUGUGUGAAUUCUCUGCCACGACUAAUACUGUACAUUGUGAUUGUUAAGCAAGCAGCGCUAAGCUGAAAACGUAUUGCUGUGCCAGCCUCACGCAGGUCAUUCAAUCGUAACCCAUUGAACCCUGUGUCCUGUCUCUUACUGGACGUUGUCUUCUUAAUAUAGUAGAUAUUUUUUUUAAAUGUUAUUUUUUUCUCACGGUAUGAAUGUAUAUAUUUAUUUAUUUAUUUAUUUAUUUAUUUAUUUAUUUAUUUAUUUAUUCAUUCAUUCAUUCAUUCAUGUAUUUAUUUAUUUGUUAUUAUGUUUUAAGGAUAAUGUCACUAUGAUAUCAUUUGAAUAGAUUUUUUUUUUUACAAUCCCCUUACAAUCAUUCUGUGACUCCAGAUAAUGUGUGUGUUUUCCCUUUACCUGGCUUUAAGAUUGUUUAGAGAAUCCUAAAUGCCAGGACUGAACAGCCUCCCCCAUUCCAUUCCAAUCACGGGACAAUGGGACUUUUAAACUAGUCUCAUCUGCUCCUCAAAUAUAGACAGAGUGUACUGUAGAUGGGGCGAACAGAGUUGGUUACAGCAUGAUGUGAAUGGAACGAGGGAGGCUUGACAGUUAGGAUUCUCCAGACGAGCUCAAAGCCAGGUAAAGACAGAUUUAGGGGAAAAUGAACUCAAUUCUUCAAAGCAAUAGAACCCAGAACCACUUAGAAUGAUCGCAAACACUAUAAAAUAGAAUGUAAAAAAAAUAAAAAAAGAACAUGCACAGAUCCACGGUUCCGAUCGGAUUUUAACCCUUUCAGUGCCACUGCAACUAGAACGCUAUGCUCCCUCCCUCGCUGUUCUACUCAAAUCUUUGUUUAACCCCCCCCCCCAAACUCAGAACUGAAGCUAAUAAAAAGCAGGCUGUGUUUGAUCUCAUGUGUCUUCCAUGGCGUUCUCUGCACUAAACAAUGCCUUCCUGUAUCUGCUGGCCUCUGUGUGUGUGUGUGUAGUGAUUUGUCCACUGUACUGUGUGUCAUGCUAACUGUCAGCUGUGCCUUGGCCAUUUAUUUCCAUCUUGAGAAAUAAAUAUGAUUCAAACUA